AUGUGCAUUCUGGCAUUUUUGAUUCGUCUUGCACUUCUCAUAUAUGGAGAAUGGCAAGACGCGAAUUUCCAAGUGAAAUACACUGACAUUGAUUAUAAAGUAUUCACAGACGCCGCGCGUCUUGUUACUCAAGGCGAAAGCCCUUACGAACGUAGCACCUAUCGCUACACUCCACUCCUAGCUUUCCUUCUCACUCCUAACAUACACAUUCACCCCAUAUUCGGUAAACUUAUUUUUGUCUUAGCCGACUUUUUCGUUGGCGUUCUCCUUUACAGGAUCCUAAGACUCCGUGGACUGCCUGAGGAACGCUCUGUUAUAUACUCGUCGUUAUGGCUACUAAAUCCGAUAGUGGCUAAUAUAUCAACCCGUGGGAACGCAGAAAGUCUGCUUGGGGCUUUGGUAUUACUCACUCUAUAUUGGGUAUUAACAAAGCGUUUUGUGGCAGCUAGUAUUUUAUAUGGUUUCGCUGUGCAUUUCAAAAUUUACCCGAUAAUUUAUGUUGGGUCUUUACUGAUUUUAUUGGAUGAUGAAGAUUAUUGGGGAAUUCGGCGAAAAGGCAAAGAAAAGGCGUAUCCACGAUGGACUAGGCAAUAUUGGACCGGGCAAGCAGGCAUGUUUGUUACUUGGACACGUAUCAAAUUUGGAUUAAUUAGUGGCGGCGUGUUUUUCUUGUUGAAUGGUGUAAUGUAUUACCUAUAUGGUCAAGAAGUUCUCCAAGAAACAUAUCUUUACCAUUUGAUCCGUAAAGACCAUCGCCAUAAUUUUUCAUUAUGGUUUUACUACAUCUAUCUCACCUACAACAAUUUCGGAUCUUCGAGUAUAUUGUCUUUGUUGAGUUGGCUAACAACUUUACAGAUUUCCUCGGUGAUGUUGUUGGGUUUAGUUUUUGGCAAAGAUAUUUUCUUUGCGUGUUUUGUGCAAACGUUUGUGUUUGUCGUGUAUAAUCGAGUUUGUACUUCACAGUAUUUCAUGUGGUAUAUUUGUUUAUUCCCGUUGAUCAUUCCAUCAUCCACCAUCACUUUCCGAUACAAAGGUCUACUUAUGUUGAUCGCGUGGGUUGGGACACAGACUCUCUGGUUGUAUCAAGCGUAUCAACUAGAAUUCCAAGGUGAAAACACAUAUUUUGCAAUAUGGAUGUCAAGUCUGGCAUUUUUCGCCGCAAAUGUAUGGUGUCUAAUUGAACUUAUUAAACAUCAUAUCUAUGAGCCGGUGUUUGAAUUAGGACAAAUAAGGAAAGUUUGGGAGCGAUGGCCUCUUCUGAAUAAUAUUGGUAAUGCUAAUGGCAAAGGAGAAAUUAAUGGCGACUAUGACGAUGAGGAUAAUGAAAUGUUUUUUUAG